AUGUCAAUUUCUGACUCAUUCAAGUGCGUCUGGUUUGAUCCGUAUAUUGAUAUCCAAGAUGAUUUGAAAGAAAGUCUCUCGAGUCACUAUUCUGGCAUGCGCUUCUUUACUGAUCCAUUUGUGUGCACUAUCUACAUACGAUCGAUUGUGCCAUCACAAUUACGUGUUCGGUUAGUCAUAAAACUUGAUUAUUCAAAAUCAGCACAUCAGCUCCUCACGUUAGUGCAUCCUUUGAAUAAAAUUGAUCAAAUUCUAUUGCUUCAUAAUAAAGAUCAGGCAAUCGAAGCUGCACGGUUACAACAGUUACAUAAGUUAAUAACUGUAACGAGCGAUGAUUUCGAACACAUUCUUGAAUAUAUACGUUCGCCCAGAGAUAAAUAUCGUCGUUUGAUCGAGAUCGAUUUGACCUGCGCAGUUCGUGAACGACAAGCCGUCUAUUUGACGAUACAUGAUCCAGAUCGAUUCUGGUGGUUUCAGGUAUUCAAACAUCAUAUUAUACAAAUGUCAUAUACAGCAAAUGCUGCGAGUCGCUUGGCAGCAAAGUUAGAUAUGCUGGAGGUGUGUCGUGAAGUCUAUGCAAAUAACAGUCGACAGCUACAAGCCAUUGACAAAUUUGAGGCAACAUAUGAAGCGAGUCAGGCUGUUGAAUGGUAUACAAAAGAUACAUUUGUAUAUCGACUAAUCAAUCACACACUACGAACAAACGAUGUCAUUGAUACAUUGUAUACAUUUCGUUCUUAUAUUGCGGAUUUGUGUCGUUUACUUGCUGAUUAUCAGAACCAGAAGCGCCAAAAAUUGACUGUCUUUCGUGGUGUAUCGAUGCCACGAGAACAAAUGUUGACUUUGAACGGACAAGUCGGUCGAUUGGUGGUGGCAAACGGGUUUCUAUCAACAACUCAUGAUCGCCAAAUAGCGCAGAUAUUUGCUGGUGAAUCAAGCGAUCAUGUUUCAUCUGUUGUCUUUGAAAUCAAAAUCGAUGAUAAAGAAGAAGAAAUGCCUGUGCUUGUUGAUACCUGGCGAUGGAGUCAGUUUCCUGAUGAACAAGAAGUUCUGUUCGACUUGGCUACAACAUUUCGUGUCACUAGCAUUGACAAUGAUGGUUUCGUUGUCAAACUACUCGCCCAAAGACCAUUCGUUCGUGUUGAUAGUGCCUUUGGACUCAUCUCAGAUGAUAUCGAUUCAUCUGGUCUAGACGAAUUUGUCUUUGGCAAAUUGCUAGCCGACAAGGGCGAAUAUAACAAAUCACUCCGAUAUUUUCUAGCAUUACUUGAAAGAUCGUCCGAAGCUGCUGAUCAGUAUUGUGCUAGGAUUCAUAUGCACAUCGGGCGAGCUUAUCGACUCCAGAGCGAUUAUCAAUCGGCGUUUAAACACUAUUGUAUAGCGUACGGGUUACAGACAAAUUCAACACUACCAGCACACGCACGGAUAUUAGCUUGCACUCUGGACAAUAUGGGUGCUGUUCAUUACGAUGCUUGUCAGGCACUAGAAUACCAUAAACGAGCUCUGGCACUGCGUCAUACGGUUUGCGACAAAGACGAUAGGUGCAUUGCUGCAUGUUUUAGCUAUAUCGGUCAUGUAUACUUCAAGCAGGGUCACUAUCGCCAGGCCAUAAAAUAUUAUCAGAAAGACUUAUGCAUGACGCGUCAUUUGGCUUUGGAGAACGAUCUUGAUGUAGCUCGCACGUACAUGAAUUUAGCUAAUGUCUUUUAUGCUCAGCACCAUUAUGGAAAAGCUAUGCAAUACUAUGAAUAUGCUGCACGCAUCUAUCAACAGUGCGCACUACCGAAUACUCACCGAUUACUUGCGGAAUGGCGCACUGCUGUAAUACGAUGUCCGAAGAAAAUUAUUCGCCAUAGAUCAGUCAUAAAUAAAUGGCUUCGCGACAAACGAAGGCAAUAA